GCGCUCGCCCUCCCCCCGCAUGCACCGCGCGGCCCGCGCCCCCUCUGCCCCCGCGCGGAGGGUCUCCCCCGACUUCUCGCGGGCCUGUGGCCAGGGCCCCGGCCGGCCCGGCUCGGCCUGGCGGCGCCUGGCCUUGCAGCGCUGCGCCCUCGGCCUCGUCUGGCUCCGUGCCAGGCUUGGCCUCCAUCCGGCGGCAGCUUGGUAUGCCUCCAAACGCCUGGCAGGCGUCUGGCGGUGUUCUCGUGGCGAGCGUGGAUGCGUCAAAUAAAACCGGGGAAUGCCGCCCAAGGGCGCUUGUUUGCUGAGGGAACACUUUCCGAUCUGGACGUACAGCCCGCUCGAAGGGAGAAGGUUUGUCAUCAAAGGAGGCCUGGCUGGAGCUGCUGUAUACGUGGUAUAUGAUCAGGGGCUGCUGGGCAGUGGCACACAAGGUGCUGAAGCCCUCAAAAAAGCUCAAGCAGCACUGCCUCCAGCUAUCCAAGAGUGGACAAGGUACAUAGGCUGGGAGCUCCCACCCACUCCAAAAUUUGACUUUUCCCCCUCUGAUUCCUGGAAUAAAGAAACCUUGUUUGCUGAUAAGAAGCAAUACAAAUUGGGAGACGGGAAGGGAGUUUCCCAGAAAGCAAGAAUAUUCUCUUGCUAUCCAUCUCUUCUUCCACAGGAGAUGGAUAGCUCCUCUGAAGAGGAAGAGAAGCAAAGAUUACAGCACACUUCUCAGUUCCCUGCCAAAAUUCAAUCAUUUCAACACCCUGUCAAAGAACCAGAGCCUUACCUAUGUCACUUUCAUGGUGGAAGAAAAAAGUUACCUGGAGAAUUAUCCUUGCUACUGAAUCCUCUAGCAGACUCCACGUGGUAUGUACCAUCCUUGGUGCUAUUAAAUCCUUCAAAAGAACCAUUUGUUAUGGAGCCGUGGCAGAAUGAUCCAGGCUCACCUGUUUUGUAGUGGACAUCUAAGAAAAAAAAAAAAAAAAUUGAAAUUGCAGUGGACACAAGGAGGGGGAAAAACCAAACAAACAAAUGCCACCUUUUCUAGCUGUGGAUAUACUGCUGAAUGAUAUAGUUCAAAUUUUGUCUGGGUUAGGUAGGAUUGGCAAGCACAUCAGAAUCUCAGGGUACAAUGCAAAUAGCAAGAGUAACAUAUAAAGGUUACCGACAACAGCAGUGGUGUUGGGGGUCGGGGUUGGAGCACUGCGAUCAGCUCCCAGUCUUACAAAACUGCAUUCCAUAUAGUGCUUGCUUUACUAGUGAGGGGGCAGGGGGAGAGCACAGGGGAAAAGAGGAAGGGGGAUUAGCUCCUAGUUAUCUUACAGUUCAAUGCAAUAACAGUUGCCUCCAUUAGUUCCAGUACCAUAGGCUUUCUGCAGCUGUACAGGCACAACAUCACACAUUGGCUUGGGAAUUUAGUCAGUAUCCUCUCUUAAGGGAUGAUAAAUCGUUUGUUUCCCUCUUUGUUGUGAGCUCUUCCCUACAGACCUAUAGGCAACUCUUGUUUUACUUUUAGCCCUUUAUCUAGUAGUCCCCCGUCCUUCUGUUCUUUCUGUCAUGCAGGUGCCAGAGGCUUCACCUUAUUCUAGAGCCUCGAUAACCUAUAUCAAUACCCCAGUUUCUUCCUUGGCUUCCCAAUGGCAACUGCCCUUGAAGCAGCACAGCUUUUCCAGCAGGAGUUUCUGUCAUGGCUACCCACGCACACACACCAGAAAAUAAUGGAGCUAAGAUACUUGUGCAGGGCUGCUAUUCAGCAGACUGGCUCCUGCGCAUGCUGGCAAUUACAGUACGUAAUCAAAUUAACUCCAGUGGUGAGACAGGAGCUCUCUGCCGUUUUACAGUCCAACGAGCUUGCUGCAGCUUAGGCAACCAACUUUGAAAAGCAGCAUAGCUCACAUAACAAAUAGCUCAGCUAGAGAUGCACUAGAACAGAGUUUACUGGAACAGACCUCCCUUCUCUCCCACUAGAGUAAGGGUCAGUGUGCAUGGGAAGCUGAAUUUACCAUUGACUACCCCUUCACUGCUCUUUGGUAAAAUGGAGGACUUAAUUUUCCAGAGCAGUGUUUAAUUUUUACUUUGCAAACCACCAGAAGUAAUAAAAGAAUUGUCUCCAGGAUGGCCUCUGCACUUAUCUUCAAGUCUUUUCUGAAAAAACGUAGCCGCAGCUUGGAUGUCCCGGAACAUAAGGGGAGAGGUAGAGCGUGGUUCAGAACUCCAGUGAAUGGUUCUGUGUCUGCUUCCCCAUGCCACCAGGCCAAACCUACCACUAAGAAAAUUCUGACACUGUCAUCGAGAGAGUCUUCAUCUCUCUAGCUUUUGCUACAAACAAAAUGUAAUCACUUUAAACAAAGCAUGGUCUUGGUUUAUGUACACACACUAUGUACAAAUAGGUAGAAUACUGCACCUCUGGUAUGCUUGGAACUUUAGUUCUCCAUGCUUUCAAUGAUCUUCUGUACCACUUUUUUGCCCUUUGAUGAUUGCUUUCUAAAGCUUCUUCAUUGUAAUAUGCUUUCUCAGUGGUAUUUUAUGAAUGAUCUUAAGUAAUUCAAGUUUACUAAAAAGAAGAGGAAGGUAUGUACAAGUGAAUACAGUUCUUUUGUACAUCAGCACUUAGUAAGCAUCCUAGUUUGGCUUGCACAAAUGCUUCAGUUGCCUUCUCAAGGCAUGAGAGUUGGCAUGAAUUGUACUUUCUCAUCUUCACACUUCCUGCAGCAUUGUCAUUCCAGCACCGUUCCCAAGAAGCACAGAUGACACCCUGCACCACCAGCAUCUUUAGUAUGUGUAUGAAGUAAAUGUGACUUAUGGAGGAUUUAUGCCAUUUAACUAUGGCAUCGGAUUAGUUAA